AUGGGGCAGAUUAGAGUCCUGCCCUUUCACCAUGUUAAGCAUAGUCGAGGGAGGGUUGCGCUUCCCGAUGCAGCCCCUAAUGUGCGAAUUCUUGAGACAUACCAGGCUGGCUCCUAUUCAACGAUCGAAGAGUUACAAGCCAAUUACCUCUAUCUGAACGAAAAGGCGAUCAGGGCCGUGCUGAGAAGUUUAAAUUGCAAUUCCUGCAUUGCCCCUAAUACCUGUGAUUUUCUUUCUCCAGGCUUCUGUGGUGAAACAGAGGAGGAACACCAAGACACACUAAGCCUUAUAAAGACUGUUGGUUAUGACAUGGCAUACAUGUUUGCAUAUAGCAUGAGGGAGAAAACCCAUGCCCAUAGGAAUUAUGUUGAUGAUGUUCCUGAUGCUGUCAAGCAGAGGAGGCUGACGGAACUCAUCGAGGCUUUCCGCGAGAGCACAGGUCAGUGCUAUGACUCCCAAAUUGGUACUGUCCAAUUGGUGUUAGUUGAAGGACCCAAUAAGAGAGCUCCUGAGACAGAGCUCAUUGGCAAGAGCGACAGAGGCCAUAGGGUGUAUUUUACUAAUCUGCCAGUCCCAGAUCGGGAGGUUUAUGAUGGGAAUCGGAAUCCAAGGGUUGGAGACUAUGUAGAAGUUCGGAUAUCAAAAUCGACAAGAGCAUCACUAUUUGGAGAAGCUCUUGCUAUAACAAAGUUAAGCUCAUUUUACAGUAGUGUGCAUGAUGAAGCUGUUGUUGCCUGUGUGAACAGAAACUGAGUUGCUUUUAAAGCUACUUAUCUAUGCUGAUUGUUUUUAGUAGCCUAUAAUGGCUGCCCUACAAUGGGCUCAUGAUCAUAAUUUUUACAUGUUAAUGUUCUCAUCACCAAAAUUCAAAAUUCAUUGUCAUUGAGCAAUUGAAUGGCUCUAGAGAUAUUGAGAAGCAGGGAUAUGAUUUUUGCUUA